CGGGAAGAAAGAUAUUACUGUCCUUUUUAAAUAGCGCGCGUUUUUAUGAUUAAGAUUUCAAUGUUGCUGAUUCUAGGAUGACGCUACUUGAGCAAUUGUGUAUCAAUUUGUAUGAAUGAGUGGACAUUCUGUAUUUCAUCAAUAUGAUGGUCUUUCUAGAGGGGUCUUAAGUCCAGUUAAUUAUGUCAGAUGUCAACAAAUCAAUCGACACCUGAUCAAUAGACUAGGUUUAGAAACUAGCCUUCAGGGUCAUCAUGGUUGUGUUAACUGCUUAGAAUGGAAUGAGUGUGGUUCUUAUCUUGCUAGUGGUUCAGAUGAUCGGAGUCUAAUUAUCUGGGAUCCAUUUGAGCGUAAAUCUCUUUUAACAAUGAACACUGGUCAUGUGGCGAAUAUAUUUUCUGUUAAAUUCUUAUCUAGUCUGAAUGAGAAUCUCAUCGUAACGGGUGCAGCUGAUAGCAAAAUUCGUGUACAUGACAUUAAAGCACUAGAGACUCGGCAUGUGUUUUCUUGUCAUUCAGGUCGCGUUAAACGAUUGGCAAAUACUCCAUCUGAACCAUUCUUAUUUUGGUCAGCCUCAGAAGAUGGAACCUGUAGACAGUUUGACCUACGAGAUCCUGAUCAGACUUCUGUAAAUAAACCAUGUAACGUAUUAGUCAAUUUACGAUUUCAAGAUAACGUUUUUGCCGAAGCCAAGUGUAUCGCAGUAAAUCCAUUAAAGUCUGAGUUGGUUGCUGUCGGUGGGAAUGAACCGUUUGUACGAAUGUUUGAUCGACGUAAAUUAACACUUUCUACAUAUGAUAGUGCUACACCACAGGAGGGCAUACGAGCUGCAUCAAGGAGAACUCCUAUAAACAUUCCAUCCAGCUCUCUGCCUUCAUUUCCCUAUGGUGCAGCUAAAUAUUUUGUUCCAUCUCAUCUACCUGGUAAAAUAUUAACUGAUGGUUUAGACAAUCAAACUUUCAGUGUAACAUCAGUCAGUUUUAGUUCAGAUGGUGAAGAGCUAUUAGCUAAUGUUGGACGUGAUAAUAUUUAUCUGUUUCAUUUAGCUUCACAAAAUGAACCAUUUCAAUGUCAAUCGUCGUUUAAAUCAACUAGAUUAUUGUAUAGUUUAUCGGCAUCGCAACCAAGGAAUCGAUUUCGUUCUUUUCGUAUUCCUACCUGGUUUCGUCCUUCAAAUAUGGGAUAUUAUGAUUCUUAUGCGGGUUCAACCUAUGAUUACCGUUGUAAUUCUUCUAUGGCUUCUGAUUACGCAACCGUACUGGCUUCACGAUUAAUUGAAGCCAAGGCGUAUGCUGUUGCAGUUCAUAAAUAUAAUCAACUUAUUCAACAGCAUCCUUUCUGUCCUCAACUGUAUACAGGUCGCGCUACUGCUUUAAUUAAAAGAAAUUGGAAUGGUGAUAUUUAUAAUGCGCUAUUGGAUUGCCGAAAUGCUAUCCAACUGACUACUCAAAGCAACAAUGAUUCUUUCAGCAUUCAAAACAACGAUACCAUUAAUGAGCACCAAUUGUUAAACAGUUCCGUUUACCUUACAGCUCUAUUACUUUCAGUUCGAUGUUUAUUAUAUUUGGAUUGGUUAAAUGCUGCUCGUAUUCAACUCAAACAAGCAUUGGACAGCUUUCCCAAUCUCUUCAAAAAUACUACGCAUCAAAAGAUUUCCGAUAAAGCGCUAAUUACACCUACUAUCAUUGCCUCUUCUUCUUCCUCUUCAUCUGCUAGCACACCAACAAUCAACACCACUGAUACAAAUUCGUCCAAGUAUACUUGCCAUUCAGAUAACCUGGUUAAAGUUUUCGAACAUUUAAAGUCGACAUUGUUGGCGAGAGAAAAACAAUUAGAAUCACAAUCUAUCAAGUUGAAAGGAAAAGAAAGGCAAGUUAGUGAAAGAAAAACAUCAAUUCAUGAUAAUAAUGAUAACAACGAUCACAAUGGUCAUAAUGAUGAUGGUGACAAUGAUACCAAAAAAUCUACAGUAUCAAACCCAGAAACUUUAUCUUUCUUAAAAAGCGAUAACAUACGUGAACGAAUAUCCUCAGAGUCAUGGAAUUGUUUUAAUCAUGACAAUCAAAUAAAUCCGAAACUAUGUGCUUGUUUAAACUGCUCAUGUAAUCGGAUGUGGAUAGAUGAGGACGAAAGAGAAAGGCGAAAAAAUGCCAUCGAUUUUUCAGCAUCUUAUAUUGGUCAUUGCAAUUCAAUAACAGAUAUUAAAGAAGCAAAUUUCUUUGGGAGCUAUGGGCAAUAUAUUGUCGGUGGAUCUGAUUGUGGUGCAUUUUUUAUAUGGGAUCGUAUUACAACUAAUAUAAUGCGUAUAUUGAAAGCUGACAGUUCUACUGUGAACUGUGUUCAACCUCAUCCGUCUAUUUGUUUGUUGGCAAGUUCCGGAAUUGACUCUGUCGUAAGACUAUGGUCACCGAAUUGUGAAGAAGACCCUGAUCAAUCACGAGUUGUUAGAGAUCAAGUUGGAGCAGCUGAACGGAAUCAACAGCGUUCUAACGCUGAUCCUCUGGAAGUAAUGCUGUUAAAUAUGGGUUAUAAUUUUCGUGGUCUUGAUUUUGAUUCUAAUAGAGCUAGAAGAUCGAGAAAUCGCGAUUCUAUUGAUGAACGGAAUAACGAAGAAGAGAAUGAAUCCAGUGAUGAUGACAAUGAUGGUCAUAAUAAUGACCGUGACAUCAAUUUCGAAAGGGAUUCUCAUUCUGCACUGCAACAUUCUGGGAACGAAACCCAUACUAAUACCAAUCAUUCUGCUAGAAGUCUUGACAACACAUUGCACAGUGAAUCUAUUCUGAAUAACGUGAAUUUAGUGAAUGAAAACAUUGAAGCAGUUGGUCAAACUGAUAGUCAAAAGCGUACUGGGAAUGAAUCAAUUGAUUUGUCUUGUCAGUUAGGUUGUUCUCAAGCACCUAAGCAAAAACGAACAAAAACAGGGAAUCUAUCUGAUGAAAAAACCCCUUUUCAACCAUCAGUUGCUGCUACCAUAUUCGAUAGUGAUUUGAGUUCGUCUGAUGAGUCUGAUGCUACUUCGGUAGAGAAAAAUACACAAUGUAAACGUAAUCGUUCACGUCGAAUACAUUCUAGUCAAAGUCGACAUAUACGACGUAUUCGUACACGAAGAAUACCAAUCAGUGCUACUUUUUCUGAUUCCGAAAUUGUAACUACUCCAUGGUUAAUUGAUUUUUUCCCUAUUGAAGUUCAUUCAAUCAAUUCACAGUCAACAGUAAAUGAAACAACAAGUGAGCGAGAAGAGCAUGGACAAGAGGAACGAAGAAAUACUUAUCGAGAGGAUGAUGAUAGAGACGAUGAUAACAGUAUAUCAGAAGUCUCUUGCACGUAAGAAUUUAUCAUUGUAAUGGAGAAUUAUCCGGUACAUUUUGACAAAACUCAUUCUCCCCGUAAAUGAGAAUGUAUAUCCUCAGGCCGAUAAUUCAGGGUACUUUAUUAAUUUUUAAAAUAAACGCCAUCUUCUUUACCAUGCUAUCCAUAUAGGUUGCGGUUCAAUAAAUUAUCCCCUCACUUUAUGGUCUAAUGUAGCUCUGUAACUAAUUGCCAGUUCUUGUUAUCAUUUUGAAUUCACAACUCUUUCCUUAACAGACUGCUGAUAUCACGUGGUUGUCCAGAUAGAAGUACAUGGAAAAGUGCUUAAAUUCACAACUCCAAAUCUGAGUCAGACACACUGCUAAUCUCUGUUCUGGUGAAUAUAGAUAAAAGUAGUCAAUGUUUUUUUUAGAAAAAUAGAAUACUUAUUUAAUUCUUUUGGCUAUAUUUCUCUUUGUCUUUCCGAGCUUAGGUACAUUGUUGUGGAUUUUAUAGUUUACCAUGAAAGGCAUCAUGUUUUAUGUAACUUUAAAUGUCACUAUUAAUAUUAUUGUUACUAUUAUUAUCAUUAUUACUAUUAUUAUUAUUAGCUUAUCCUGAAGCAACUUAAGAAAGCUGUUUGUUAACUGUGUUUUACAACUAACAGAUAGUUCAAAGUUCUUUCUAAAGUUCUAUUAAACUUCUCGCUAAACGUAAUGAAGUACUCCUGAGAUAUAAACAACUCAUCCUACUGAAAGUUGUGGGUUUCUCUUAAAAUAGCAAUUCAUAAAUAAAAACUGAAUUUUUUAACACUCUGAUAAAUUUAUUACAGCAUGUAUUACGUCAAACUAAUGAUGAUUAGUGGUUCAAAUGUCUUAUACAAAGUUAACUGUACUCAUAAUCAUUACAUUUAAUAGAAUAGCCAUUCUGUUUUUCGUUGUGUACAUGAAGGCUGUUAAUUGGUUGAACUAUUUACAACUCAUCUAAUGUUAGUGAACAUAACCAAGUUGGUCAUAUAUAGGUUCGAUCUUCAAAAAAUCAUUGAUAUCUUUGGGAUAAACUGGUGACAUAUAGAAUUUAAUAUAAUUAGGCGAAUUCGAUAUGCGAAUAGUCUAUAAAUAAAGAAGUUGGCUAAAAGGAAUACAAAAUUAAGCGACCAUAACACAGUUGCGAAGAACAACACACCUAUUAGUCAAUAACACUAUGCUACCUUGUAGUGAGAAAUUAAAGCUUGAUCAUUUAUAAUGUAGGCCUUGAAUCUAGUAAUUAAGUUGUCUUACAUUUGUAUUAACAGUUAAAUUUAACACAUUAUGAAUAAUUGUUUUCAUUUAAAUUCACCUCUUAGAUUACAUUUUCUAAGUAAAGUCGUUUAAGAGAAGACUAAGUGAUUCUAUUUCAUGCUUUGUUAUUUAUUAUCAAGACAUACUAUUUCAGACAUUCGUAUCCAUAUCUUUUUGCCUCAUAGCUGAAGGAAGCACUAUUGAAGGAAUUGAGUUUCAAUUAAAAGGUUCUAGGAAAGUAUUUAUAUGGUUAUUGUUGUUAAGUGCAAAAGUUAGUUUAUUCAUAUCCCAUCAGAAACGACUCGAGGAAACAUAUGGGAAAUAAGCAUACUCUACUCCUUCAGAUAUUUAAAAUUGUUAACUAGUUGUUAACUUUACUGUAAUUAUCAGGUGUUAUUCCUCAGUUAAGUCAGUAAUAAAAUAACGUUACUUCAUGUCAAAUUUUAUUGCACUAAGUGGUUUCCGAAGCAUUCCUUCUGGGUGACUUGCCACGUAGCUCCCCAAUUUUAUGGAACUUUAGUCUACUUGACAAAAUUACUGGGUACGGGUAAGGUUAAUCAAAACGAUAGUUGCACCCAUAAGAUUAUUUACAGAAUCCUAAUUGCAUUUGUUUCGUUGUAACAUCCCACAGGAGUUAAGGAGUAUGGCUUUGGUCGAGCAAAUUACAUAAUGAUUUAGAAUAUAGCAUACUAGACAGUCACUCGUUUGUGGUAUAUCAACUUAUACCAGUUUAUAUUCAGACUGGUGAAACUCUUAAAAUAGCUAAUUAUGAAAACUCUCCGUUUUCUUCUCAUUCAUUGUAAAGGUCUUGCUAGUUGACUUAAACAGAUAAACUUAAACGGUUGAGAUGUUUGUUCGAAACUUCUUUAUAUUCAGAUUAAACCAUUGGACUUUAAUAUCAUUAUUUAUUUUCUCAUGUGAUUUGUGUAAUCUUACUUGAUUAGUGAAUUGCAUCAUUUAUCUGUAGGAAUUGAAUUUUAUCCACAAAAUACAUUGUUUAUAAAUUGCAUAACUUAUAUAUAUGAAAACGUAAAUACUAAUUUCUAUUUAUUGUCUAUCUGUUCAGUGUCAGUUGAAUAAAGUUCCCUCUCCCCCACAUCCAUCUUCAUCCACGACGUAUUCCAAAAUCCAAUUGUUAAAAGAAAACAAUAUAUUGUGUUUUACUUGGAUACUUUGAUGAUAAUUCCACUAACUUAAAUCAUUAUUACCUAACUUUUCUACAUUUUCUGUGUUUCUGAUCUCUAUUGCUUUCUAUUAUUGUUCUCUUUUUUUGUUCAUUGUGUCCACUCAUAGAGUCUUUUAUUAAAUUUGAUAUAGUCGAAUCACGAUUCGUCUGUUCAGUGAGAAUCGUAUGACAUGGUUGUUAACUUAAUUAAUUGUAAAUGUGUACUUGUUUGUUUUAGUAACUGAAAUUAACUGUACACUACCACUUCUUAUUUCACUUAAUUUACAUUAAAAACAAACUGUUGUUCAGUUUUUUAAGUGUAAGAAAUACUUGUAAGGUGAUGAUAUCAACAAACCUAUUACUUUGUGG